GUGCGGAAUGGCCACAUCAAAAGAAUCACCGAUAACGACAUCCAGUCCCUGGUGCUAGAGAUCGAAGGGACAAAUGUCAGCACUACAUAUAUCACCUGCCCAGCGGACCCAAAGAAGACACUGGGCAUUAAACUUCCCUUCCUGGUCAUGAUCAUCAAAAACUUGAAGAAGUAUUUCACUUUUGAAGUGCAGGUUCUAGACGAUAAGAAUGUGCGUCGACGGUUCCGGGCCAGUAACUACCAGAGCACCACGCGAGUUAAGCCCUUCAUCUGCACCAUGCCCAUGCGGCUGGAUGACGGCUGGAACCAGAUCCAGUUCAAUCUGUCCGACUUCACCCGCAGGGCAUAUGGCACAAACUACAUAGAAACCCUCAGGGUGCAGAUCCACGCCAACUGUCGCAUCCGGCGAGUGUACUUCUCAGACAGACUCUACUCAGAGGACGAGCUGCCAGCUGAGUUCAAGCUCUAUCUCCCAGUUCAGAACAAGGCGAAGGUGAGCUAGUCUUAACCCUGACCAGAGAGCAGAGAAGUAGUUGUGGAAAGCACUAUUUUGGGUCUUCAGGCUAUGUUAAGAUUCUGCUCCAUCACUGCAAGUAUUUCUGCUUCCCACAGGGCCUUUACAA